AUGGCUCAACAACCACUUACAAGGAUAGGUCUUGCCGGACUGGCUGUUAUGGGCCAAAAUCUCGCACUCAAUAUUGCUGACAAAGGAUUCCCCAUUUCUGUUUAUAACCGAACAACAUCCAAGGUUGAUGAAACUGUCGAACGGGCAAAAGAAGAAGGUAAUCUUCCACUAUAUGGCUUCCAUGACCCUGAAGCCUUUGUUAAGUCCAUUCAAAAACCGAGGGUGAUAAUAAUGCUUGUUAAGGCCGGUGCACCUGUCGACCAGACUAUCAAGGCCCUAUCCGCAUACUUGGAAAAAGGAGAUUGUAUAAUCGAUGGUGGUAAUGAAUGGUACGAGAACACCGAGAGAAGGGAGAAAGAGGUAGCUGAAUUGGGUCUGCUCUACCUUGGGAUGGGAGUUUCAGGUGGUGAGGAGGGUGCUCGACGUGGUCCCUCUAUGAUGCCUGGUGGUUCUAUCGAGGCAUACAAAUACAUUGAAGAUAUUCUUCUCAAGGUGGCAGCUCAAGUUCCUGAUAGCGGUCCUUGUGUGACGUAUAUCGGUAAAGGUGGAUCCGGUAAUUUCGUGAAGAUGAUCCAUAAUGGAAUUGAAUAUGGUGACAUGCAGCUGAUUGCUGAGGCUUACGAUGUGCUGAAGUCAGUUGGAAAGUUGACAAAUGAAGAACUACAAAGUGCAUUUACAGAAUGGAACAAGGGAGAACUUCUGAGUUUCUUGAUUGAAAUCACCGCAGAUAUAUUCGGAAUUAAGGACGAUAAAGGUGAUGGAUAUCUUGUUGACAAGGUCCUCGACAAAACCGGCAUGAAGGGUACCGGUAAGUGGACUGUUCAGCAAGCCGCCGAAUUAUCGGUUGCUGCUCCCACCAUUGAAGCUUCAUUGGAUGCUAGGUUCCUUAGUGGUUUGAAGGACGAAAGAGUUGAAGCUGCAAAGAUCUUUAAAUCAGGCGGCUUUAGCGAUAUCUUGACCGACCAACACGUAGACAAGAAACAGUUGAUUGAUGAUGUUAGAAAGGCUCUUUACGCAGCCAAGAUCUGUAGUUACGCACAAGGAAUGAAUCUGAUCCGUGCAAAGAGUGUUGAAAAGGGUUGGGGUUUGGAAUUGGGUGAACUCGCCCGUAUCUGGAAAGGAGGCUGCAUCAUUAGAGCUAUAUUCUUAGACAGAAUCAAGCAAGCAUAUGACAGAAACGCCAAUUUGGCAAACCUUCUUGUCGAUCCAGAGUUUGCAAAGGAAAUAAUCGAUCGCCAAAGUGCAUGGAGGAGAGUUGUUUGCCUUGCUGUCAAUUCUGGUAUCAGCAUCCCAGGUAUGUCUGCUAGUCUUGCUUAUUUUGACACUUACAGAAGGGAAAGGUUGCCGGCUAAUUUGGUGCAAGCUCAACGAGACUAUUUUGGUGCUCAUACUUAUGAAAGGACCGACAUCGACGGAUCUUACCAUACUGAGUGGUUCAAGCUUGCCAAGCAGUCAAGAAUCUAG